UUAACGCUAAAAGCGUUAAUGUUAUAAGCUCGGAGCUGGCUUGCGCUAGAAUGGAAAAGCGCUCUCGCAAAUCAUACACACUGGGUGGAUAAAGUCGCCUGAAGUAAGCCAUGUUGAAGCGGAAACAGCCCACUACAUUCUUCCCUGUCUAACAAGUUUACACAAGCAAUAAUUUUAACUGCAGCCGCUAGCAAAAUAUUUCGUCAACGGCUAAGUUCACAUUAAAGAGUGGUUUCUGCCCACACAUGUAAAAUUUGCAGACACAAAUCGACGCUCAUAUAAGGUAACGAUAACUAGGUGUCAAGCCCACUUUUUGAGGCAUUCGUCGAGGCUACAAGAACAGCGACGCCUGAGCGGAUAGUCAACAUGGGUCCGAGACAGAGAGGAGCAAGGAAAAGGAAAGCUGAGGAGGCUUUGGGAGAAGAGCAGGCGGGAAAGGAGGCUGAGGACAGGAGAAGCAGGAGGAAGGACUGUGGAAAUAAGAAAUACAUUGGAGCUCAUGUUGGCAUUCAAGGUGGGAUAUGGAAAGCUGUGGAUGCUUGCAUAGAGGUUGGAGGCAGCAGUUUCGCCCUGUUUCUGGGCUCUCAGCGGUCAUGGAAGAGGCCGGCGUUGGACCAGAAAGCUGCAGACAGGUUCCGGGAGCAAUGUAUUCUACAUGGGUUUAACCCAGCUCACAUCUUGCCUCAUGGAUCUUACCUAAUGAACUGCGGGUCUCCUAAAGAGGAUGUGUUUGAGAAGAGCCAGGCCUUACUGGUGGAGGAGCUCGGUCGCUGCACCAUCCUGGGUCUCAACCUCUACAACUUCCACCCUGGCUCCUCACUGGGCUCUAUCACAACAGAGCAGUGUGUGGACAAGAUAGCGGGAGCCAUUAAUCAUGCUCACCAGCAAACACCUGUGGUGGUUACAGUUCUGGAGAACAUGAGCGGUCAGGGCAGCACUGUGGGUGGUAAGUUCUCAGAGCUGAAGAGCAUCAUAGACAGAGUGAGAGACCAGAGCAGAGUCGGGGUGUGUUUGGAUACGUGCCAUGCCUUUGCAGCAGGAUAUGAUCUGUCUGCAGAGGGAGGAGUGAAGGCCAUGCUCAAUGAGUUUGAUCAGGAAGUGGGGCUCCACUAUCUCAGGGCCAUCCAUCUCAAUGACUCCAAAGGUAAACUGGGCUGCAACCUUGAUCGUCAUGAGGACAUCGGUAAAGGUUGCAUUGGGAUCUCUGCCUUCCGAGACAUUGUCAAUGAGCCCAGACUAGACAACAUCCCUCUGAUCCUGGAAACACCUGGACGGCCAGGAUUUGAGUACGCUGAGCAGAUUGAACUUCUCUAUUCCUUCUGUGAGAAACAAUAGAAAGCACAUUGAUGAAUUAGCACUGCUAAGCUGGACCCUGCUAAACUGCAGCUCACAAGUCUGAAGAUGGUUUACUUUGUUAGUGACCAAAGUGGAUGGGUGACGGGUUGUUAAUCACAAUGUGGACCGUUUCAGUGUGUUCUCUGUGCGAAAAUAAGUUGAAUAAAUGUGGUAAACGUUUCUAUUUUA